ACCCAAAACGCAAUAUCGUUUGCCGUCUGAGACGCCAUUAUUUCAUGCACAAGAGUAAAGAAAUUAUUUAUUACAUAACGCGCACGACGUGAUGAUGAUAUCGGGCGACCGGUCGAGUGAAACGAGUUGAGAGAUUCGACAGGGAAUUGAUUUCAUUGUCAAACCUACCGACGACAAAUAAUUGCCAGUCGGAUUCCAAACGAUUGUUUCGCUGGUCAAACAUUUUUUCAGGAAUUUGUGAACGCCGUCAUGUCGUCGGACGACGUCGAUCUCGAAGCUCAGUUCAUGGUUGACAAUGGAAUUCUGAAACCGGACGAAGUGCUAGUAGUCAAAGAGAGGCGUAUGGGUAUCGCCAAGAAGAUAGCUCACGGGCUGGUCACCAAGGAAGAAUUGCUGAAAAACAUAAAUAUCGAAUUGAAUCUAUUGGAUACGUAUCAACAAAAAAUCAACGAGUUGAGCGACGAUAAGAAUGACGAUAAAUUUGAAGUAUUCAGAAUCGUGUCGGAACGCGUCAACGACAUGUACAACAAUUUAUUUUUGCUGUUCAGUAUCGAUAACGCAAAUCUAAAAGAAUACAUCGAGUUUUGUGUGAAUAACGAUCUAUUAUGCAAUUGUAGUGCGUUGAUAGGCACCCUGAUGAAACGACGCCACGACGAACCCGAUUUAUACAUGACUGCGGCGCGCUACGAGUUUGAGGAGCGCAAAAACAUCGAAGAAGCUCGACAGUAUUACAAAAUGGGACUAUGCGAACACAGCCAGAGCAAGGAAAUAUGUUUGGACGAAUUUUGGAUGGAAGUGCAGCAUUGCGAUAAGGGCACUAAUUAUAACAUGUGCAUCGAGAAGUAUAAAGCAGCCAUUGCACGCUUUCAAGGCGAUAUAGAUUUCCACAUGAAAUUGUUGGACACCGCUUUGAUAUUACGAGUGGACGAAAUACAUUCGCUCAUCGUCAAGGACAUGGUCGAGAUUUACAAACACAACGAAUUGCUUUGGCACUUUUUAGCUCAAAUGCAACUAAAAGGCUACUCCUACAAUCCUCAGACCCAACGGUUGAAUUUUUCAAAAGAUCACAUGGCUGUACAUAAUUGCAUAAACAUAUACGAAGACAUAUUGAAUCAGAGCCUAUUGCAAGUAGACAAACAGCGUUUGUGGGAAUUGUACUUGGACACCGUGAUAGAAAUCCGUCAGUCGUACCGCAUGCAAAACGAAUCGACAAAAAAAUACAUGCAUGAAACUUUGGAACGUGCAUUUCAGAACGCCCACAUGAGCGGUGCAAUGCUCGUGUCUAAAUAUUAUUUGUAUUGGGCGGAAAAUUCCAGCGCGGACGAUCGACGAGCGAUUUUGAUAGGCGCAACGAAAGCUCUGAAGACCAAUUUGGAUUUGUGGAUAGAACUUUUACACUUGUACGUCACGCACGACUGUUUCGACAAUCUCAUCGAAGCGUUCCAGCAAGGAGUGCGAGCGUUGAAAGACGAUUCGCUGCCGCUGUGGCAAAUCAUGAUAAGAUACAUGCACAACACGCAUCCGAAAUUGGUCGAUCAGUUGUACAACGAAGGUUCGCGCGUUAGGUUCAAAGUCGUAGCCUUGGAGUUGAGACCCGCCUAUCUGGAUUGGUGCGCAUUACAAAAGGGAUUGCUUUCGGCGAGGGAUCUGUUCCAAGAUCUCGUCCAGCUAGAGCCUCCGUGUCUACAGCUAUACAUGACCAUGAUCAAUUUGGAAAAGAUCCAAAUGUUUCACAUGAACAAAAUGAAAAACAUUAGAAAGCUGUACAACGACGCGUGCAACGAAUUCGGGAAAAUCGACACUAACAUUUGGUUGGAGUGUAUUCGUUUCGAGUACGAUUUCGGUAGCUCAUCGUUGGUGGAUGAAAUUUAUAAGGCGUCCCUGUUGUGUUUAGAGCCCCAACACAUAGAUACAAUGAAAACGGAGUUCGAAGUGAUCAAAAAUAAAUUUAUGGAAAACCAUAACGACGAAAACGAAGUGAUCGUCAUCGACGACGACGAUGAUGACGACGACGACGUGACAAUUAUCGAAGAUUAAACGUAUUCAAAUCCAAUACCGACAUUGUGUUCAAAUAUUUAUAUUAUUAUUAUUAUUAUUAUCGACAAGGUUUCAAAUGCAGGGUUAAAGAGUUAUUAUUGUCUUUAUAAUAUAUUUAAUUUAGUUUGUAGUGCGACGACAAAACCUAUCAAGUCACUAUACCGUGUUAAUUGUGCGAAUUUUAUUUUUAUAUUAUAUAUAUAUAUAUAUCUAUUUUUUUUUUAAAUCUUAAUUUCUUUUCCGAAUUUUAACUUUACAAAUUGUCACAAACGGAUUCUUGUUUAAGAGAUAUAUAUAAUUAUUAUUAUUGUUCUAUUGACUGCUACUGCGUUAAUUUUACAGUAAUCCAGACGGUUGUACUUAGAUUGAGUAUUUUUAUUAUUAUUUAUUUGCUGAUGAUUUAACAGUAAAAUCAAUGCGGUAACACGACUUGAUUAUUGUGACCUAACUGGCGGCCAGAGUUGUCGAAUAAUUUUCCUUCGCUUGGGUUAAUUUGUACAAUAACCCCAAAGAUCUGUCAACUACUAUAAUAUCAAUUUUGUAUUUUUAAUUCGAUUCAAAUACAAAUGGUGUACUUAAGUAAGAUUGCUUGAUUUUCUUUUUCUUUAUUUGUUUAUAUAAAAAUUCAAAUACUUGGUAAGUUUCAUAGAGGGCCAGGAAAUUGACUGACUACUGUUGUUGAGAAAUAAAAACAAAUUUAAUGUCCUUGAA